AUGACGACGUGUGACGAUGCCACGGGGUGCGGCGGAGAUGGGGUGAGGCAUGGGGAGAUGAGGGAUGGAUGGAUGAGCGAUGGAGAGGUGAGGGAUGGGGAGAUGAGGGAUGGGGAGGUGAGAGAUGGGGAGGUGAGGGAUGGAGAGAUGAGGGAUGGGGAGAUGAGGGAUGGAAAGAUGAGAGAUGAGGAGGUGAGGCAUGGGGAGGUGAGGGAUGGGGAGAUGAGGCAUGGGGAGACGAGGGAUGGAGAGAUGAGGGAAGGGGAGAUGAGGGAUGGGGAGAUGAGGGAUGGGGAGAUGAGGGAAGGGGAGAUGAGGGAUGGGGAGAUGAGGGAUGGGGAGACGAGGGAAGGGGAGAUGAGGGAUGCGGAGACGAGAGUGUGGGGCGACGGGAGGGGAGUGCGCGAAGGUGAUGGGAGGGGAGUGCGCGAAGGCAACGGGACGGGUGUGCGCGAAGGCGACGGGAGGGAAGUGCGCGAAGGCGACGGGAGGGGAGUGCGCGAGGGCGAUGAGAGGGAGUGA